CGUCCCGCCUCCCCCAUCAGCCCCGCCUCCCGCUAGCUGAGCGCUCAGGCUGACCUGGAAGCAGAUGGGUGGAGCCGAGCUCUCCCCGCCGGUUACUCGGUGUGGGGGUCCCUGAGCGCUGCAAGGCCAAACUGCGGCGCUGUCCCAGCUCGGGGGAGCGGCCCGGGUCUCCCGCUGCGCGCUGAGGCAGGAUGAGCAUGUGCUGACAUGACAUUGCAGUGCAAGUCUCAGACUCUUCAAGUGGUAGACACUGAAUACAGUGCAGAUGCUGUGGAGUGGUGCCCUGUGGAAGGCUGGCACAGCAUCCUGGUUUGUGGCACCUACCAGCUAAAGAAACCUGAUAGAAAGCCUGGUGUAAACCCCAGUGAGAGUGAUGAGCCCCACACACGGCUGGGUCGCCUCUACAUGUAUCACUACAGUGAAGAGCAGCCUUUCAUCCCACUGACUGAAAUUCAAAGGAUUGAAACUGCCGCCAUCCUAGACAUCAAAUGGUGCCACGUUCCCGUUGCAGAACAUCCCAUGUUGGGCAUUGCAAAUGCCAAGGGAACUGUGGAGCUCUGCCACCUGACUGGAAGUGAGAAGAACAGCUGCAUGUUGGAGCCACUCUGCGGUGUUGAUUUAGGAGCACAAUGCAUUGCCUUGUCUCUGGACUGGUCCACAGGACGGGAGCAGUGUGGGCACCCACUGAGAGUAAUCAGCAGUGAUUCAAAGGGGAAGCUGAACCUACUGUCAAUAGAUGAGUCUGCUCCUUCUGUGCACAUCCUCAGCCAGUGGAAGGCUCACAACUUUGAGGCCUGGAUUGCUGCUUUUAAUUACUGGGACACAGACAUUGUGUAUUCAGGUGGAGAUGACUGCAUGCUGAGGGGCUGGGACACCAGGCGCUGCCCAGAAAUGCCUAUCUUCACCAGCGAGAGACAUUCAAUGGGCGUGUGCAGCAUUCAGUGCAGUCCACACCGGGAGUAUCUUCUGGCUACAGGAAGCUAUGACGAACAUGUUCUCCUGUGGGACACCAGGAAUAUGAAGCAGCCAUUGGCAGACACCCACGUUGAGGGUGGAGUUUGGAGGCUGAAGUGGCACCCAACACGUGAGCACUUGCUGUUGGCUGCUUGCAUGCAUAAUGGAUUCAAAAUCCUUGACUGCCAAGGAAGUAUGGUGUAGCUACCAGAAAGACAUUCCCUUGCUUGAAGAGUUCACUGCCUGACUGACAACGAUCAAGACAGGACCCUGAGGAGAACAACAUCUGGAAAGAAAGGGAUGCAAAAGGUGACUUAGCAUACAUUGUUCAGUUUAACAGAGAUUUGCUGUUGGGGAAACUUCCCCUUUCUCCAUCCCUGCUAAUAAUGAUAUCCCUUUCUACUACCCAAAAUAAUCUGAGUCAACUACUGCACCAUGCUCUCUAGUGGGUUGCUGAAAGUGCACUGAUAGUGAUCCUCCUCAGAUGGUGGACAUUCUGCUCAGCAGCUAGCUCACUCUGUCUGUAGCUUCAAUGAUGAGUUUAACAGUCUAACCCCUACUUUGAUUGGCUCCUAUAUUCAGCCUUUCAGUUUUUUGCCCAAUAUGCCCUCCUCAUCCUUAAGUUGCUGUAUAGCCUGUGAUGGCUUUGUCUUCCAAGAGCUGCAGCAUUGUCUGAAUUCCUACUGUCCUUAGUGCACUGAAUAAUAUCAGUUAAAUCCAAUGACACUAUUCUUGUAGGGCUAGAAGGAUUCUGUCCUUAAUCUAAUUUGAAAGGACUUUAAUACUUUUUCAUUGGCAUGUCAGUGACUUAAGAGCUUGUAGCACAUUUGGAGCUUGUGAAGCUUUGCAUAGUGUUCACAGAAUGUGCUCACAUCUAUGUAAUUUGCUAGAAUGGAAAGUGCUUUGUAUUGUUCGGUCUUACAAAAACCACUUGAUGAAUCCAUAACAGAUGUCCAACCAUUUCAAGCUUAUAGCAGGAUAGCUGUGAGCUGAAAAACCAUUCUAGAUAACAUUUAUUUCCCAGGACCCUUGUGCUUCAGAACUCCUGAGUGGAGCUGGGUGAUUGGAUUUUUUUGUUACUGGCUAUUCUGAAAACAUUAUUUCAGGUUGAACCACAAACAAAGUGUUUCAAAACUUUUGCUGAAUCAAAAAUUCCAAUAUUGGGCAUUUUGACAUGUAAAGGAGUAUUAGAUUUAUAAAAUGGCCAGGGCAGGACUCCCCCCAUUAUAACCUUUACCCUACUGGUUGCAGUGUUUCCCCAAUACUGGGUCUGAACAAUGGGACGUAGGAAGGGUCAAGAUGGUGCCCCACAGGUGCUUCCUGUGACGAAGUGGGGGAUUUUCUGGGUUUUUCCUUGUUUUCCAAUGGUUUGCAUGCAAAGAGGGUGGGACUCAGUUUCCCUGGGUGUUACUGGUUUAACGAAGGAGGGGAGAGGGACUUUGUUGUGACAGAGGACUGGAGAGGGAACUUGAGACCCCAGCCAAUGGCCUGGAGGAUGGAUACCCCAGCGACUGGUGACCCGGAGACCCAGCAGCUGGUUCUGGCCAGUAGGAGGACAAUGGGCUAUGAAGAGAGGACCACAUAACCUAACCAGUUGCUUCCAGCCAGAGGGGGCCAGAGGACAGGAGGCCGAGGCGACCCUGUUUCCUGGAGAGAAGACAAUGGACAGAGGCGGGGCUUGGGGCCGGUGAUCUUAGAUGCCCAGCUGGGAAGCAGGGGGGCUCUGGGCUGGAGAUGGGGAGCAGGCAGAGCCCACCUGGAUGCAGGGAGAGACUGGAAUGUGCUGUGCGGAGAGAGGCCAGGCUUGAGGGUCAGAGUUUCCUGUGCUGUGUUCAAUGCUCAAUAAACCCUCCUGUUUUACACUGGCUGAGAGUCACUGUGCUCUAGAGAACAGGGUUGCAUCAACCCCUUCGGGGGUGGAGGCCUGAGGGGUCCAGAGCGAGUGGACUCCCUGAGGGGGCCCACGGCAGAGACAGACGUGCUAAGGCUCAGAGAGGUGCGGCUCCAGGAGACGGAGGGGCUUAACUCCCGAGAAGGGCUGUCUCACUGAAAGGGGCACCCCCCACGGACCGCACGGGGCCAAGAGUGGGCAUGAUCUGUGAGUCUGACACUCCCCACCUUUCCAAUAGGCAGCAGCAGCAUGAAGGAAAGCCUCUGAGACACACAUGUGAAACAGGAACAGCUACUGACUAUUUGGCUCAAGUCACUUCCUCUGUGCUGCUGCCUAGAUCCUGCUCUGGGCAGCAGGCAGUGGGGUGGGAAGAGGUAUCUGGGUACUAGCCACACAGAAGGAAUGGCAAGAGCCAGCAAGUGGACAGUCAGCAGCCUGGAAGCAAUUGCAGUCCAGCUGUGAGGGGAGAGGAGCUGACCAGGGCUGCAGGGAGAGCAAGAGCAAAGGAGAGCCAAGCAGGAGGUUUGGGGGCCAGAGGGCUGCAGGACUCAGUAGGAGGGACAGGACUAGGGGACUGAGGAGAGGGGGAGUAGUAGUAAUAAUGGUGGGUCCCCCAAAAAGACACAAUGCAGAUGGUUGGUCACUUUAGUAAAAAGUUUGGGAAAUACUGGAUUCAGGGUACUCACCUGGGUUCUGUUCCUCUCUCUGCCUGUUGUGGAGAAGAAAUUUGAAUUUGGGUGUCCCACAUUGCAGGAGGAUGCCCUAGCCAGAGACUUGGUGGGAUAACUCACAUGACUGGAGUACUGUCAUGGAUGGAUAUAAAUUGUUCAGGAAGGACAGGCAGGGCAGAAAAGGUGGGGGAGUUGCGUUGUAUGUAAGAGAGGAGUAUGACUGCUCAGAGCUCCGGUAUGAAACUGCAGAAAAACCUGAGAGUCUCUGGAUAAAGUUGACAGGCCAAACCGGACAGUCUUUACGCAAAAGAAUUAAUGGACACAAAUCUGACAUCAGGAAUCAAAAUACUCAAAAACCAGUGGGAGAACACUUUAACCUGUCUGGUCAUUCAGUGACAGACCUGCGGGUGGCUAUAUUACAACAGAAAAACUUCAAAAACAGACUCCAAAGAGACACUGCUGAGCUAGAAUUGAUAUGCAAACUAGACACAAUCAACUCCGGUUUGAAUAAGGACUGGGAAUGGCUGAGCCAUUACAAACAUUGACUCUAUCUCCCCUUGUAAGUACUCUCACACUUAUUAUCAAACUGUCUGUACUGGGCUAGCUUGAUUAUCACUUCAAAAGUUUUUUUUCUCUUAAUUAAUUGGCCUCUCAGAGUUGGUAAGACAACUCCCACCUGUUUAUGCUCUCUGUACGUGUGUAUAUAUAUCUCCUCAAUAUAUGUUCCAUUCUAUAUGCAUCCGAAGAAGUGGGCUGUAGUCCACGAAAGCUUAUGCUCUAAUAAAUUUGUUAGUCUCUAAGGUGCCACAAGUACUCCUGUUCUUCUUUUUGUGGAUAAAGUUGAGAAGUGUGAGCAACAAGGGUGAUGUCGUGGUGGGAGUCUGCUAUAGACCACCAGACCAGGGGGAUGAGGUGGAUGAGACUUUCAACUAAUAGAAGUAAAAAAAAAAAAAACCU